GAUUGACCACUCCUUUUGGGCUUUUUUUUCUGUUUCCUUGGAUAACUGAGGAGGGAAAAAGCAAAUUCACAAACAUGACUGACGCCCAACAAGAGGCCCGCUCCUACCUGAGCGAGGAAAUGCUGGCUGAGUUCAAGGCCGCCUUCGACAUGUUCGACACCGACGGUGGCGGUGAUAUCAGCACCAAGGAGUUGGGCACCGUGAUGAGGAUGCUGGGCCAGAACCCGACGAGAGAGGAGCUGGAUGAGAUCAUCGAGGAGGUCGAUGAGGACGGUAGCGGUACCAUCGACUUCGAGGAGUUCUUGGUCAUGAUGGUGAGGCUGCUAAAGGAGGACCAGGCCGGCAAGAGCGAGGAAGAGUUGGCGGAGUGCUUCCGUGUGUUCGACAAGAACGGCGAUGGAUACAUCGACAGAGAGGAGUUCGCCCUCAUCAUCCGCAGCACCGGCGAGCCCAUCUCAGAGGAUGAGAUCGAUGAGCUGAUGAAGGAUGGAGACAAGAACACCGACGGCAUGCUGGACUUUGACGAAUUCCUCAAGAUGAUGGAGAAUGUGCAGUAAAACCAGAAAGACUCAUGGACAUUCCUCCUCCUCGUCCUCCUCGUCCCUGUGAACCCCAAUUCUGAAUGCAUCCGA